CAACACUAAUAUACUGUUUUAAAAUAUAUCACUGUUAAUUUUUGGAGCUGCUUAAAAUUUUUAAUUUGUUUCUUUGAAUUGUAAUUUAUUAUUUAAAUUAAUUGAUAGAAAUUUGAGAGAUCCCCAUAAGUACAAUCUUCUCAAGCCUAAAGUACUACUCCGUGAUAGUUUUUUUUUAUCUGCUCACAAGAACUGGAACGAAGCUUUGGUUCAUAGAUGCACCGCUUAUUGUUAGUUCAAUGUCGGAAUUACUGUCACACUCAAGCAAUUGCAUCAAAUUCUCAGAUUUCUCAAUUUGCUCGUUUGGGUCAAAUUCAGAAUGCCCGAAGGGUGUUCGACGAAAUGCCCAAGAAAAAUGUGACUUCUUGGAACUCUAUAAUAACUGGGUAUUUCCAAAAUCACCUACCCAAUGAAGGCCAGUGUAUGUUUGAUCAAAUGCCUGAGAGAAACAUUGUUUCAUGGAAUGGGUUAAUUUCAGGUUAUGUUAAGAAUAGGAUGGUGAAAGAAGCAAGGGAAGUGUUUGACAAAAUGCCCCAACGAAACGUCAUUUCUUGGACUGCUAUGGUCAGAGGGUAUGUUGAGGAGGGGUUUGUUGAGGAGGCGGAAGCCCUGUUUUGGCAAAUGCCUGAAAAGAAUGUUGUGUCAUGGACUGUGAUGAUAGGUGGGUUGAUUCAAGAAGGGAGAGUUGAUGAGGCUAGAAGGCUUUAUGACAUGAUGCCAGUAAAGGAUGUAGUUGUGAGGACUAAUAUGAUAUGUGGAUAUUGUCAGGAAGGUAGGCUGGAUGAGGCGCGCGACCUCUUUGAUCGCAUGCCGAAAAAGAAUGUGGUGUCUUGGACGGCCAUGGUAUCAGGAUAUGCCCAAAAUGGUAAACUGGAUAUUGCCAGAAAACUUUUUGAAGUCAUGCCUGAGAAGAAUGAGAUCUCAUGGACUGCAAUUAUAAUAAGCUAUGUGCAAUAUGGUAGAUUUGAAGAGGCGUGGAAGCUUUUCGAAGUGAUGCCUGUUAGAACUACUCCUGCUUGUAAUGCCAUAAUUCUUGGAAUAGGACAGAAUGGGGAGGUCGCUAAGGCGCGGAUGGUGUUUGAUCUUUUGAAGGAGAAGGAUGAUGCAACAUGGAGUGCAAUGAUAAAGGUGUAUGAAAGGAAAGGAUAUGAGUUAGAGGCGCUGGAUUUGUUUCACCAAAUGCAAGUAGACAGGUUUCGGCCAAAUUUCUCUUCGUUGAUAAGCAUACUUUCAAUUUGUGCUAGUCUUGCAAGUCUCAAUUAUGGUAGAGAGAUACAUGCACAGUUAAUCAGAACCGAGUGUGAUGAUGACGUGUAUGUCUCUUCUGUAUUAAUUACGAUGUACAUCAAAUGUGGUGAUUUCGUCAAGGCCAAAUUAAUAUUUGACAGAUUUUCUCCAAAAGAUGUGGUCAUGUGGAAUUCUAUCAUAACAGGUUAUGCUCAACAUGGAUUAGGAGAUGAAGCUCUAGAAGUGUUCAGAGAAAUGUGUUCUUUAGGUAUCACCCCAGACGAGGUUACCUUUGUUGGAGUUUUAUCUGCAUGUAGCUACACUGGGAAAGUGAAAGAAGGGCAAGAUAUCUUUGACUCCAUGAAUUCAAAAUAUCAGAUGGAGCCAGGAUCUGCACAUUAUGCUUGCAUGGUUGACAUGCUUGGUCGAGCUGGUCGAUUGAAUGAGGCGAUGGAUAUGAUCAACAAAAUGACUGCAGAAGCAGAUGCAAUUAUUUGGGGUUCUUUAAUGGGUGCAUGUAGGAUGCAUAUGAACCUAGAUUUAGCAGAAGUUGCUGCAAAGAAACUUUUACAGCUUGAACCCCAAAAUUCAGGGCCCUAUGUCCUACUUUCCAAUAUUUAUGCAUCCAAAGGUAAGUGGGCUGAUGUUGCUUCACUUAGGAAGUCAAUGCAGUCUAGGGAAGUGGUCAAAUCACCUGGUUGUAGUUGGCUUGAGGCUGACAAAGAAGUGCAUAUGUUCACUGGUGGAGAGAGCAUGCCCCAUCCCGAGCAUGAAUCAAUUCUCAAAAUAUUAGAAAAGUUGAGUCCUAUGUUAAGAGAAGCUGGUUAUAUUCCUGAUGGAAGCUUUGCUUUGCAUGAUGUGGAGGAAGAAGAGAAGUUGCAUAGCUUGAAUUAUCACAGUGAGAAACUAGCUGUGGCCUAUGGACUUCUUAAAUUGCCUCAAGGUAUGCCUAUACGAAUAAUGAAAAAUCUUCGAGUUUGUGGUGAUUGUCAUUCUGCUAUUAAGUUAAUCGCUAAAGUCACAGGAAGAGAGAUAAUUCUGAGAGAUGCCAACAGAUUUCACCAUUUUAAGGAUGGGGUAUGUUCUUGCAAGGAUUUUUGGUGACUGCUCUGUUGCUUUGUGCAUAAUUCAUUAAAAAGCGGCUUUGGUGCUGUGGUCAAUGGUGACUUUCAAUUAGCAUUCAACUGUAUGCAUUCACAUCUAAUAGAUUGUGGAAGAGUAUCAUAAAACCCACAAUUGAUGAGCAUUUCAUCUCAAAUCACUGGAGAUAUAGUCUGUGUUUGUCGAACAAGUACAGAGGAUUGUGUUGUAAACUCAAAAAAGACAUUUGUGAACAUAAAAGAAUGCAAAGAUUAAGAUGGAGCUAAUUUUUGUUCGAAUUAUAGAGAUGGAAGGGUUGAAGGUUAGAAAUCUUGAGCUUAAUGUCUAAUCUCAUGCUAAACAAUGUUCAGCACCAAGCCAGGCCACUCAUUAUUGCAAGUAUGCAACCUUCAGGACUGGAGUUCCACUUGCUGGAGCUGGUUUCCUGAGCAUGAACCCAGUCAGAAAAUUAGCAUGAACUGGGAUUAGGGCUGGGAACUUAGCUUUUGAACUAUGCUGAACAGACACGACUUAUACCUCAGCUUGUCCUUUUUGCUAUGCAUUGCAGCAUCAGCCAUGCUGAUGAACUGAAAUGGCCCUAAUCUAUCAAAAACAAUCUUGAUUCCCAUCUUGGCAUGCUUAAAUGUGUUGGCAUUAUUGCAGCUACUGUUAUCUUCAUCAGCCGCUUGGUAAUACAGAGUCACACUGGACAAAAGUUCAAGCGAAGGUAAAAACUGUCCUGCCUAAGUUCACUUGAAAAUUGCAAAUGUUGAAAACGGGGUUUGAAUAAAAUAAAACCCGACUUCAUGGGGAUGAAAUUCUGAGAAGAAAGGACUGCAUUCAGCAUUUAGUAGGACCUACAGGCCCAUAGUGUCCAGAAAGAAGUGAAGGUAUGGGAAUCAAAAAUAUGAAAUGAGCAACAAAAGUUUGCUCCUCAAAUGGCACAGGAGGUACAAUGAGCAGGGAUGAAUUCUGCCUUACGGAAGAGUGUGAUAGCAAUAAAAUAAAGUGCACUAAACCAGUGGCUACUUCAUACAGAAUUGCAUUAUAACAACCAAUUCGUAGGAAUUUAUAGAGAAAACUGAAGACUGGAGGAGCUUUUUCCUGAAUAUAGUCAUCUUCACAAUCUCAAGAUGCUACAUCGAGGUGGAUCAGGACUCCAUUAAGAAAGAGAAAAAGAACCAAAUGCUACGUGGGGUGGGUUGAAUGAAGCCUUUUCGGGUUUAGACCAAACCGCAUCGCAACAGCCCUGCCCCAUUGCCAUCUCUACUACCUUAUCAACUAUGGUCGCAUCAGUUGUUUAGUUAAGCAAAUCUGGGCCAUUAAAAUUUAAAUGGGAGAUGUGCAGAGCUAGUGAAGAAGAGCCUGAUACACUCAAGAGUCAAGAUUAUAGGCUUAACUGUUAUUGCAGAGUGAGUUCUAGAUCUCAUCAUUAUUGCAGAGAACAAAGAUCACUCCGAACACUCCAAGCUUCAAAUUUCGCCCUUUGUUGUAGCUCCAACUUUCCCCGUUUCUCAUCAACCAAAUCAAUAAGCGUGAUGGCCAUACGACGUGUGCGUCCAAUGAAGCUUACGAUUCACAAAUUUAGCGUAUCUCACUAUGUUUAAAAUCUUCAAAGAUUAAUAAUGUAUAUGGAGUAGUAAUGCUGAGAUUAAUAAUAUAGGGAUUAGUAUGCAA